AUGGUAGGACAGUUGACAACAACCAAACCAAGUCGAAGCGACGAGGUCUUAGAUACCGGUGAACAAAUCAGAAUCACAAAUCAAAUCAAAGCUCAAUUCGACGCUUUAACUCCCAAACGACCCAUCAAACCCAACCGAAGCGAUCCCGAAACACAAAACCCUGUCAACUCCUCCACUCUCUCUUCACACAACAUACCAGAGCUUGAAAAACUUCGAUCUCUUCAAUCCAACUCUCAAGCUUUUCCAUCCUCGCAGGGAGUAGUGGAUGCAGAAGAUGAAUUUGUGGAAACUCAGUAUUACAACGAGUUGUUGUCGAUUGAUAAACAACAUCAUGCGACAGGAAGUGGGUUUAUAAAAGCGGUUAGAGAAGGAGAUGAAAGUGGAUAUGAGAUAAAGUUACCUGUUAGCUAUGUUGAUGUUGGUGAAACACAAAUUAGAGGCUAUAAAAGCAACCCUGCCACAAAUGACUGGGUUCCCAACCUUGAUCAACGUCAGGAUUUCAUUUCCUUGAAGCCGAACAGGAGCGAGAGCAGCUAG